UCUGUUGAUGCCACUGAAUACAUCUCACAUAAAAUAUACACCACAGGGAGAUCUCUCUCUAGCUGGUGAGAAGGUGGUGGUUGGGAAAUCGUAGUUACUACUUGCUAGCUCUGCCAGGAAGGAACGACAUUAUGGAAGUCAUGCAGCAGUUUAGGACGGAGGUAGAGAAGAAAAAAGAAGUGUUGCAUCACUUCAAGGAGGGGGUUGAGGAGGUGGUUGAAGAGGCUUUACUGCUACGUCGUCGCUCCGCCAACAUCCCAACUGUAGCUGCCAACAGUGGAGGUAACGCUACUGUCUUCCCCGCCGCCGAGGAGGUAGCUGCUGUAGAUUUGUUGGAUACUACUCCCAAGAUGGAGGUGGCGAGUGUUAGUGUGGACGGCGACCAGAAGGAGGUGGAAAAGACGUCUGAAGAGAUUGUUUACUUCGACAAAAAUGAAGGUAGUGGACCGGAAUGGUCUCAUUUUAAUGUCAAAGUGGAGGAGUUGGGUGCCAAACUAAAAGAUGUAGCUAUUAACCAGGUUCUGAGUGCUGUCAUCCACAAUAAGGAGGUCAAGUUGCCGACCUCCACGAACCCACAGCUGCAGGAAGAAACGGAUGAACGUGUAGAGGUUGAUGAUGUAUUGGAGGAAACAAGUGACGAGGAAGAAAUAGAACUGGAGUUUGAGAGGGCAGUGGAGAGGAUACACACUCAUGAUGAUUAUAGCAUGUACUGUCCUAAUUGUAGCAGUCGUAUUACAAAGGUGGUUCUGCGUAGGAAAAUAAGGCAAAGGAGGGUUCAAACUCCAAAAGAAACUCAGCGUGAUGACCUGUUUGGAUGCUUAGCAUGCUUCAGCGUAUUUAUUCCUUCCGCAGGGAAUAGACUGAAUCCAUUUCGAAUCUUUGGAGCUGGCAAAGGGCCUGAAAGCUCGCCACUUCUCCAACAAGAGCAACAAACACCAGAUGUGAGUAUGCCCACAUCUGUCACAGCACAGGACAAAGGAAAAGGCUUUGAUCUAUUCUGGAUUUUUGGAAAGAGAAGACCACAUGAAAAACUCUCAGGAGAUUUGGAUUCUUCCUCCCCCAAAGUCACAAAUGAGCCAAGAGAUCAGGCCAAUGAUCAAGGAGAUGGUGUCAUGACUUUCAUACCAAAUGCAAUACCACCAGUUGGAAUGACUGAAAGCAAGGUUGCAACUAUAGGAGACGGUGUGAUGACUUUCAUACCAAAUGCGAUACCACCAGUAGGAAUGACUGAAAGUAACGUGGCAACUCUAGGAGAUGGUGUCAAGACUUUCAUACCAAAUGCAUUACCAGCACAAGGAUCUGUACUGAAUGGGAAUAUUGUGCCUAUUGGCAUCAUUGACAAAACUGAAAUUUUUGUUAAAAAGCCAAAAAGCGAGAUCGAAGGAGAUGAUGUGAGAAUUCAAGUUGGAGACACACCACCUGUUGCUCCUCCAAUUUUCCCAAUAACAGAUGUUUUCCUUACUGAUGUAAGAAUACCAGAGACCGUUAUCCAAUCACCAAGUUCCAGGUCAUUGGAGAUAGUCAAAAGUAUCGUAUAUGGAGGUAUGAUGGAGUCAAUUGCAAGCUUAAGUGUUGUUUCAUCAGCUGCAGCUUCUGACGCUACCACAUUGAACAUUGUGGCACUUGGAUUGGCAAACCUAGUUGGUGGACUUGUCGUCCUUGCUCAUAAUCUUAGGGACUUGAGAUACGGAGAGUCUAGUGAAACCAAUGAGAGCAGAUACAAGGAACAACUUGGUCGGAAAGAACAUUUCUUUUUUCACGCAACGCUAGCUGUGCUAUCGUACCUUGUAUUUGGCCUGAUCCCACCUGUAAUAUACGGCUUCACAUUCCGUGAGAGUGAUGAUAGGGAUUACAAGAUUUUGGCAGUUGCAGCAGCUUCUCUUUUGUGCAUUGUUAUUCUUGCAAUUGCAAAGGCAUACACACGCGGGGAACACAAGUUCGUGGCAUACUUCAAAACCAUACUGUACUACGUUACCUCAGCAGUGUUGGUCUCAGGCAUUGCCUAUGCUGUGGGUAACUUAGUCAACAAGCUCCUAGAGAGACUAGGUUGGUUGAACCCUGCUACAGUUGAGCCUCAGUUGUUUUCUCAAGCCAAGUCAUUCAAUCCAACCAGCUGGGCUUCGUACUGAUCAUAGUGUGAAGCUUCAGCUGGAGGUUGCGCCUUUUUUUUUUUUUUUUUUGGGUUGGUGUGUUGUUCUCUUUACCAGCGUUGGGGUCGGUUAGGGUUUGAAGAAAGACUUGGGUUGUUUCUUGGUAAUUUUAUCUUCCUAAGCCAAGUUUGGGAGGACCUCGGAUUGUAAGUUCUUUCCUUUGCUGAGGUAUAAGAGUAUCUAGUUUGAGUUUA